GGUGAGGGGAAAAAAACCCCAUCCCUACUCAACUCUUCCACAGACACUUUUGCAAGACGGAACAGGAGACAAGAUGAUGGAAGUGAUGGCAGUCUUCAUGGUACUUUUGAUUGGGACAACAAUCAAUGCUGCACAUGCAGAAGAAUUGAUUGACUAUACUCCUCAUCUCACUACUGAGGAAAUAGCAGGGAAGAUCACUGCUUCCACUUUUACCCUACAGCAACCACGCUGUGUCUUCUACAAGGUUGUCAGUCCCAGUGAUGUGAUCUGGCUGGUUGUGGCUCUUAGUACAGCUGUGAAGACUUUCAAAAAUCCCAGCACGCCUGAGGAUCUGCCUUACCAAUUUUUUGACACACAUCAUGUUUACAUGACUUUGAACACCACGGUGUCGAAUUACCCCUGUCCAGAAAAAAGUGAAGAUGAUGAAAUUACCAUCCUGCGUGUGGGGACUGAAACUCAGUGCGUUCUGGAUCUUUCGCGGCCAGACUGUAAUGGUCCUCUUCCAGGGCCAGGACCCUACAGGGUCAAGUUCCUGGUAAUGAAUUCAACAAGCGUCAUAAAGGAAUCAAAAUGGUCUGAUCCCAUCAAACUGAUUCAAGGGAAAAAUCCUGACAGCAUUAUUGUCAGACCCAGACGGCGGAGAACUGAGACAACCAUCAUUGCCACCAUCCUGCCCAUCCUCUUUGCCAUUCUCCUGGCUGCUCUCAUUGCCGCCUUGAUCUAUAAAUAUUCCAGCAUUUGUGACAAACCGAUGUCUGUCGAUUUUAUGGGAAUACAGGAUCCAGCCAUAGUGCGCUACACCCCUCAUCAAGUACAUGAGUCCAACAAGUUAUGAGCUCCUAAGUUGCUGAAUAUCAGACAUCAACAACAGUUGAGACAGCAUGAUCACUAACAUAUUCUACAGACAUAACUGAAGAAUCUUUGGAAGGAAACACCAGUGUGUGGUACAAUCCAUGAAGAAAAAGAAAUGAUAAAACAUGAGUCAUGAUGUCAGAACGUAAAUCCUGGCUAUAAAGGCAAGACAAGAAGGGAUCCACCUUUAAUUCCCAUUUGGACUUAAUGUUAUAUUUACUCUGAUGAAAAGAACUUGAAGGGAUUUGUAAUCGGGUUUCUCUGUUUUAAAUCAUUUGUUUUUGUAAAGCAUGUGAAUAUUAUUAAGAGUAAAUUUAUAUUCUUUCACAACCA